AUGGGAAUGUGUGUGUCCCCCAGGAACCUGUUGUAUGUGAAUCCACACAGCCUGAACUUCGCCAACCGUCAAGGCUCCGCCCGAAACAUCACAGUGAAAGUACAGUUUAUGAACGGGGAGGACCCCAACAACGCUAUGCCGGUAAGCAAUGAUGUAUUGUACACAUGUAGGUACGUACGCACACGCUCACUCACUCACUCACAAAGUGCUGACACAGCUUUCAGAGAAUACUUAGAGUUAUUAGGGUAUUUUAGUACUUACCAGGUACUGCUGCACAAUCCUAGACUGAAUUCUUGGAAAUGGAUUGUAAAGCAUAAUGAAUGGUGUUCAAGUAUUUGAGUUCUGUUACUAAAGUAUUGUACAAAUCGUUUUAAGACCUGUAGACAAACAGAAGUCUGUCUACUAUCCACUGCAUACAAACCCUGUUCGCUGUACUUCCUCUGUUUCUUUCUCCCCCAGGUGAUUUUUGGGAAGUCCAGCUGUGGAGACUACACCAGAGAGGCAUACACUGCCGUGGUAUAUCAUACCAGGUGAGGCUCUCAGACCCAUCUUUCAUUUUGUAUGAAGUCUGCUUAGGGCCUUUCUUACAAGCGGAUGAACUGGUAUAGAGUGAGCUGAUGUCUUAGCUGGUCUAACACACGCUGUUCAUGCCUCCUUUUAUGAUGUUCUGAGGCGUUCUUAAGCAUCAGUCUAAAAAAAGUGAUCACAUAUUUGGAAAGGUUCCACCUUUGCACUUUGGAUGUUUAGGCUACAAUCCCCCCGUCCAGCCAAGCCAAUAAUGGAACGUUCCCAUUGGGGAAAAGGUUGCUGCUGCUCCAGUCCUGCUCCUUCGCUCCAGAGGAUGUUCCUACCCUUUAUCCACAAACAAACAAACUAUUUUGUCUUCUCCAUGAGAAAAAGGCUUGCUGCUUCUUUCUUUGGACUUAUUAGGAUGUUGUUUAUUGCUAUAACCCUCUGCCCUAACCAACCAUGUAAUUUAGAGCCUGUUCUCAUUCCUAUACAGCCCUAACUAACCAUGUAAUUUAGAGCCUGUUCUCAUUCCUAUACAGCCCUAACCAACCAUGUAAUUUAGAGCCUGUUCUCAUUCCUAUACAGCCCUAACCAACCAUGUCAUUUAGAGCCUGUUCUCAUUCCUAUACAGCCCUAACCAACCAUGUAAUUUAGAGCCUGUUCUCAUUCCUAUACAGCCCUAACCAACCAUGUAAUUUAGAGCCUGUUCUCAUUCCUAUACAGCCCUAACCAACCAUGUAAUUUAGAGCCUGUUCUCAUUCCUAUACAGCCCUAACUAACCAUGUAAUUUAGAGCCUGUUCUCAUUCCUAUACAGCCCUAACCAACCAUGUAAUUUAGAGCCUGUUCUCAUUCCUAUACAGCCCUAACCAACCAUGUAAUUUAGAGCCUGUUCUCAUUCCUAUACAGCCCUAACCAACCAUGUAAUUUAGAGCCUGUUCUCAUUCCUAUACAGCCCUAACCAACCAUGUAAUUUAGAGCCUGUUCUCAUUCAUAUACAGCCCUAACCAACCAUGUAAUUUAGAGCCUGUUCUCAUUCCUAUACAGCCCUAACCAACCAUGUAAUUUAGAGCCUGUUCUCAUUCCUAUACAGCCCUAACCAACCAUGUAAUUUAGAGCCUGUUCUCAUUCCUAUACAGCCCUAACCAACCAUGUAAUUUAGAGCCUGUUCUCAUUCCUAUACAGCCCUAACCAACCAUGUAAUUUAGAGCCUGUUCUCAUUCCUAUACAGCCCUAACCAACCAUGUAAUUUAGAGCCUGUUCUCAUUCCUAUACAGCCCUAACCAACCAUGUCAUUUAGAGCCUGUUCUCAUUCCUAUACAGCCCUAACCAACCAUGUCAUUUAGAGCCUGUUCUCAUUCCUAUACAGCCCUAACCAACCAUGUCAUUUAGAGCCUGUUCUCAUUCCUAUACAGCCCUAACCAACCAUGUCAUUUAGAGCCUGUUCUCAUUCCUAUACAGCCCUAACCAACCAUGUAAUUUAGAGCCUGUUCUCAUUCCUAUACAGCCCUAACUAACCAUGUAAUUUAGAGCCUGUUCUCAUUCCUAUACAGCCCUAACCAACCAUGUAAUUUAGAGCCUGUUCUCAUUCCUAUACAGCCCUAACCAACCAUGUAAUUUAGAGCCUGUUCUCAUUCCUAUACAGCCUUAAGCGACCAUGACUCUGUCUGUAAUGGUUGUGGUCUUUCUUAGGUCUUCUCAAUCCUUCUUUAGAUGUUUAUUCCUGUACAGCCCUAACCCCUAAACCCCACUAACCAUGUAUAUAAUUUUAUUCCUAUACCCAACCAUUAAAUUCGGUCUCUGUUGUGUUUCCCAUGCAGGUCCCCAGACUUCCAUGAUGAGGUGAAAAUCAAGCUGCCUGCCUCUCUGACUGACCACCACCACGUUCUGUUCACCUUCUACCAUGUCAGCUGCCAGCAGAAACAGAACACCCCCCUGGAGACCCCUGUGGGAUACACGGUAACUACUGCAGACACACGUGCAAAUGCAUGUACACGCGUGUGCACGCACAUAUGCACAAUGAUAUGCGUGCAUGUCACAGACAGACACACACACACACAUACACAGGUGUGUGCAUGCGAACGCACGUACAAACGUAACGCGCACACACACACACACACCUCAUACAAGCACACGUGUAUGAAAAUGAACAUGCCUUUAUUGUUUUUCCGGCCCUAAUCAUGUUUUUCUCUCCUUCCUCAGUGGAUCCCCAUGCUUCAGAAUGGGCGUCUGCGUACAGGAAGCUUCUGUCUCCCUGUGUCUCUAGAGAAACCUCCCCAGUCCUACUCUGUCCUCUCCCCUGACGUUCCUCUACCAGGGAUGAAAUGGGUGGAUAACCACAGAGGGGUGUUCAACGUUGAAGUGACGUCCGUUUCCACCGUCCACACACAGGUAUAGCCCAUCACAACCGUACAUUUCUCUAUUUAUGUAGCAAAAUGUUUUGCUACAGUGCCCUACUACUGAAUAUGACCCAACUCCUUUAAGCAAGAAAACCCCUAUGCCCUCCAGUCUCUCUUCACUACCAGGCAUACGGGUGCCAGUACAUGUUUCACAGUGUACCGAAACAGCUGUACUUUUUCGAUACUAGAACAUGAAAAACCGGUGCGGUCCUAGAAUUUGUUACUUUCGGUACUUCUGUUUAAUUCCUCACGUCGUUUACUGAUUGAGAGAGGAUCAAGUCGGUCUACCAGCGCAGCCGAUGUCCCUGCUCCGUGCCUGCUCCACUUAGCCAUUUCUAGCACUAGCCUGUUCUGAGGAACCACUGCACUCACUGGGAGUCUGGGCUGCAUCACCACUCAUGCUGCACAGAAGUUAACACACUUGAAUAAUGCAACACGGCAUGUAGAAAUGUUCAAACUGUUAAUUACAGUUCGCAAAACAAUGAAAGAAGAUACCGGUAGCUUCCAGCUUUGUAGGCUAACUUUCCUGGAUAGCUUACAGCUGAAACUAACAUCAGUUCACUACCCUAGUACCUUGUUUGUGAUAAUAUGCAAACCAUAACGCAAAAUAUUGCUGAUUUCGAAGUUGAUUGUCACCAAAUAGUUUUCAUUCACUUCAUCUUCCCUACCUCACGUCUCUCCCAGUCAAGACCUUCUCUGCUCAAGCCUCGAACUGACUGUGUGUGAAUGAUGUCAUGGGGCUUAGAGACCGCGCACACACUUAUAAAAUAAGAGAGUGCUUCAUCAAUGCAAAUGUUGUUGAUCAGUACAAUAAAAUUAGUAGCCCCAUGAAAUCAGCCAAAACAAUCUCAAUAACUCAAUGCAUUCACACACUCCUAUUGAAUAUGCACUCACCUGUACUGUGAAUAGGCUUAGGCUACAUCUUGAUUUAAUCAGUUUAUUAAUAGACUAGUGAUCUAUCUUUCAAAAGAAGUAUUACCAUUAUGUUGUUAAUGUUAAAAAACGAAGUCAAAUUGAUUGUAUAAUUUUAUUCAUUAAUGCAUAGAUUCAAAAAUCUAAAAUUUCAAAUGCAUAGAUUCUGAGACUUUGGCUAAUACGCCAUAUUUCUUUGCAGUGGUGUCGUUUUGGUAUCGAGUAUCGUGAUACUAAACCUGGUAUCAGUAUCAAAGUAAAAAUUCUGGUAUGGUGACAACUAGGGCUGUUGCGGUGACCGUAUUAACGCCACACCGGCGGUCAUGACUGCAGUAAAAUUCUACGUGACCGUUGAGUCACGGUAAUCUCCUCUUAUGCACUCUGGACAUGUGUUGGUAGAACCCAACUCGCUAACUACCAUCAGGUCGCUAAUGGCCUGGGUUCUGUUGUCCCUCUAACCACUCUGACGCCAUUGCAAAUGCAAUUGAAAAUCCAUCAGACUUAUCAGUAUCCUGCUUUUAAUACUCACCUCACUGUGAUUGAUCAAUUAGAAGAAAGAAGUUCAACAACAGGUUGAAACUGAGUGGAAAACAUGGUUGUUGUGGAUGUUGUUUCAAAGCCUAACACAACGAAGUGGACAGCUCUUUCUAAGCUGAGGAUUAAUUCAAAACACCCAUAUGCAUAUUAGAGUUUCUGCGUCGGCAUAUGCCAAAAGUAUGUGGACACCUGCUCAUCGAACAUGAGCUUGUGUGGCCUACCACUUCGCAACUGAGCCGUUGUUGCUCCUAGACAUUUCCGCUUCACAAGAACAGCACUUACAGUUGACCAGGGCAGCUCUAGCAGGGCAGAAAUUUGACGAACUGACUUGUUGGAAAGGUGGCAUCCUAUGACGGUGCUACGUUGAAAGUCACUGAGCUCUUCAGUAAGGCCAUUCUACUGCCAAUGUUUGUCUAUGGAGAUUGCAUGGCGGUGUGCUUGAAUUUAUACAUGUGGCAGCAACGAGUGUGGCUGAAAAAGCCAAAUCCACUAAUUUGAACAAAUUCAGAAUAGCCUAGCAAUAGGUCAUUUUUAAUAAUGGCAGACACAUUGCCUUUAGCUCCAGAAUGUCUCACCACCGUGAAUUUCUUUCUCCCCCCCUCUCUCCUUCAUUCCUUUCUCCAGCGUGCAGAGAGAGGGGCUGUCAACAGUUUAAUUAAAUAUGUUUCUUUGUGAAAACAUGUUACUAUUGAUGUUCCCGAACAGAUUUCACUUGGUUUCCCAAAUCAAGCACUGGGUAGCUGCAGGAACAGGUUUGGAGAGCCCAUGGCAGAAUAUCACCUGUCACUGCAGCGAAAUUACCAGAGUAGCCUACCAACAUGAGUGAAAAACGUACCGGGGUGAAAGUGGCCUCCAUUUGCUAUUCCAGUGCAUAUGGAUGACAUGUACAGUGGGGAAAAAAAGUAUUUAGUCAGCCACCAACUGUGAAAGUUCUCCCACUUAAAAAGAUGAGGCCUGUAAUUUUCAUCAUAGGGACACGUCAACUAUGACAGACAAAUUGAGAAUUUUUUUCCAGAAAAUCACAUUGUAGGAUUUUUAAUGAAUUUAUUUGCAAAUUAUGGUGGAAAAUAAGUAUUUGGUCACCUACAAACAAGCAAGAUUUCUGGCUCUCACAGACCUGUAACUUCUUCUUUAAGAGGCUCCUCUGUCCCCCACUUGUUACCUGUAUUAAUGGCACCUGUUUGAACUUGUUAUCAGUAUAAAAGACACCUGUCCACAACCUCAAACAGUCACACUCCAAACUCCACUAUGGCCAAGACCAAAGAGCUGUCAAAGGACACCAGAAACAAAAUUGUAGACCUGCACCAGGCUGGGAAGACUGAAUCUGCAAUAGGUAAGCAGCUUGGUUUGAAGAAAUCAACUAUGGGAGCAAUUAUUAGGAAAUGGAAGACAUAUAAGACCACUGAUAAUCUCCCUCGAUCUGGGGCUCCAUGCAAGAUCUCACCCCGUGGGGUCAAAAUGAUCACAAGAACGGUGAGCAAAAAUCCCAGAACCACACGGGGGGACCUAGUGAAUGACCUGCAGAAAGCUGGGACCAAAGUAACAAAGCCUACCAUCAGUAACACACUACGCCGCCAGGGACUCAAAUCCUGCAGUGCCAGACGUGUCCCCCUGCUUAAGCCAGUACAUGUCCAGGCCCGUCUGAAGUUUGCUAGAUCUUUGGAGGGAGUUGAAAGUCCGUGUUGCCCAGCGACAGCCCCAAAACAUCACUGCUCUAGAGGAGAUCUGCAUGGAGGAAUGGGCCAAAAUACCAGCAACAGUGUGUGAAAACCUUUUGAAGACUUACAGAAAACGUUUGACCUGUGUCAUUGCCAACAAAGGGUAUAUAACAAAGUAUUGAGAAACUUUUGUUAUUGACCAAAUACUUAUUUUCCACCAUAAUUUGCAAAUAAAUUCAUAAAAAAUCCUACAAUGUGAUUUUCUGGAAAGAAAAUCUCAUUUUGUCUGUCAUAGUUGACGUGUACCUAUGAUGAAAAUUACAGGCCUCUCUCAUCUUUUUAAGUGGGAGAACUUGCACAAUUGGUGGCUGACUAAAUACUUUUUUUCCCCACAGAAUUUUUUGUCUUGCCCCUGUUCUUGGCCAUUUUGAAAAUGGGCCAUUCUAAAUUGAAACUAAUUUAACAUAUUAGUAAAGACGAGAUUAAAUUGAGAAUAGUCUGAUUGGUGAAAAUAUGAUCACUUGAUGUGCAGCCCGAGGCAAGGAACAGAGCGCAAGCAUUUUAUUUUUUCAAUAGCCUAUUUAUCUUUUGAUUUCUAAGGUUUGUAUCAUUCACAACUAAAGUUGCCAAAUAACUCUAAAUCUAGUGUAUAUGACCUGUUUCAAAUGAAUGUUUUAUUUUAAUUUUUGGGGUGGGGGGGGGGGGGGUGUUUACCAGGGAAGACCUAUUGAGACCUAGGUCUCUUUUUCAAUAGAAAUGAAUGGUAAAUCAUGUAUUGUGUCAUUUUGGAGUCACUUUUAUUGUAAAUAAGUAUAAAAUAUGUUUCUUAACACUUCUACAUUAAUGUUGAUGCUACCAUGAUUACGGAUAAUCCUGAAUGAAUCGUUAAUAAUGUGUGAGAAAGUUAGACGCACAAAUAUCAUACCCCCAUGGAAUGAUCACCUCUCACCAUUACAAUAAAAGGGGAGGUUAGUCUUUUUUGGGGGGUAUGAAAUUUGUGCAUAUGUAACUUUCUCACUAAUCAUUGUUCACGAUUCAUUCAGGAUUAUCCGUAAUCAUGCUAUUCUUAAUUACAAUAAAAGUGACUCCAAAAUGACACAGUACAUUAUUUACCAUUCAUUUCUUCUGGGCAUAAAGUAAUCUGAAACACAACCAAAACAAGCAGCAAAUGCAUCCAACAAAUAUGCAGAGUCACAAGCUAGAUGUAGUCAUUGCAUGCUAUGAAAAUACCCUCAAAUUAAAGCUGACAGUCUGCACUUUAACCUCGUAGUCAUUGUUUCAUUUCAAAUCCAAGUCUAAAUAAUUACUGAUUGCACUGUAUCUGUGUUAGAUAUCAGACCAUCAGGGACAGACAGACCGAAUACCUCAGCAUGGGAAGAGUAAUGUGUCCCUCCCUCAGUUCAUUAGUGGUUGAACUUCACUGGUGUUAUUUAGUAGAGCCCACUCCAUCUCUGUUCUGUUGGCUGUCGAGGAGAGGGAGGGGAGAUUGGGGGGAGGGGGAGAGGAGUGGAGAGGGAGGGGGAGAGGAGUGGGUUGAAGAGGGUGAGUGUUUUCCCAGGAGCUUAGCCUGGUGCUAAUGUGAUCAUAAAUCACUGGGUCUAUGUGGAUGAGACUGAGCUGAGCUCAACUCUACUAUAGUCUCUACACAUGGGCUCGAACCACAGAGCACACAAUUACAGCACUUUCAUUGUGUAGUGGGGGCUUGCAUUUCUUUCCUUUUUAUCAAAACUUGAUUUUCUUUGUGUCCUUUCUUUCCUCUCCUUUUCCUCUCUCUCUCUCCCUCCCUCUUUCAUCGCUCCAUCUCUCCUCCCUCCAUCUCUCCUCCCUCCCUCCCUCUCGCUCUCUCUCCUCGCUCUCUCUCCUCGAUCUCUCCUCUCUCUCUCUCCUCCCUCCCUCUCUCCUCCCUCCCUCUCUCCUCCCUCCCUCUCUCUCUCUCCCCCCCUCCAUCAGGACCAGUACCUGGAUAAGUUCUUUGCAUUGGUGCAUGCCCUGGAUGAGCACAUGUUCCCUGUGCGGAUCGGAGACGUGCGCAUCAUGGAGAACAACCUGGAGGCGGAGCUAAAGUCCAGCAUCGCAGCACUAAACUCCUCCCAGCUGGAGCCCAUCGUCCGAUUCCUCCACCUCCUAUUGGACAAGCUGGUGGUGCUGGUGGUGCGGCCGCCCGUCAUCGCAGGACAGAUAGGUAUACUAUCCCCCUUAACCUACGCCUAGCUGUACAACUUAGGCCUCAUGUCAACUAUAAUACAACCCUCCAAUAAUUCCAACAAAUAACAUUAAAAGGAAAAAAAGGUUACCCUAAAAAUGUAAAAACCCCAAAUGUCCAAACUGUGUUUGUAAGCAAGCCUAUCGCACUGUAUUCUAAACUGUACCAAACAGCAAGGGAUUGCUGCCACUGACUGUACUGUCUCUUACUACAAUGUACUGUACUGUCUAGUCCUAAGUAUGUGUGUUCCUAUGUGUCUGUAGUGAACCUGGGCCAGGCCUCGUUCGAGGUGAUGGCCUCCGUAGUGAACCGGCUCCAUAAGUACCUAGACACCAGUCAGGACAUGCACGGCAGAAACAGCCUGCUCUCCUCUUAUAUAUACUACGUCUUCAGACUGCCCAACAUGGACCCCAACUCCCCCUCACCAGGUACACUGUCUGUUCUGGUUUACUGUCUGUUUUACUUCUGUUAAAUUCAUUACAUCCAGGUGAUAAAGACCAUUGGCUACAUCAGGUGACUUUACGAAAAUAGGAGCAGCAAGUUUUCUCACCCUCCGUCCCUGACUUCUGUAGUUUUGUUCCAUGUGUGUUUUUGUCUCAGGUCCUGGAGGGCUGGGUGGUUCCGUCCACUAUGCCACCAUGGCCAGAUCAGCCCAGCGACCAGCUAGCCUAAACCUCAACCGCUCCCGUAGCCUUAGCAACAGUAACCCGGACAUCUCCGGAACACCCACCUCCCCUGAUGAUGAGGUCCGCUCCAUCAUUGGCAGUAAGGUUAGAGACCUGGCCUACAUUAUGUUGUGUUUCUCAGUACUUUUAGGGUACAGUCAGUCCUUUAUGCAUCUGUGGUUUAGACCUCUACUUUCAAUGAGAAACUAUCUGAAUUAUACUAUAUGGAAAAUAUUUUAGCAUGGAUUUGUAUGUUUGCUAACUUCAAAGAUGAUUGGAUUGGAAAGCCCCACUAUUUCUGGCUCCACAUAAGCGGUCACUGUACCCUAUGAACCGGAGAGCAGUGUUUCUCAACUGUAUGACAUGCGAACCCUAUAGCUGAUUGACAAACAUCAGCAGGAACACCUUAUCUCUGUAACCCCUGUAUCACCAACCUGACACACAGCAGAGGAAGGCCAACCUCAGUCAAGCAGUCUUCAUCGCUCUGUUAGCAGAGCAAUAUCCAGGGGUAGCAGGGCUCCAGACCGUUUAGUCGCAUUUUGCGACCCUUUGAUUUGGCUAUGGAGUAACAUUUUAAUUGGUCGCACUGGUGCGAGUUGCACAUUCUACCUGGUCACUUCAAUUCAAUUUUUUGGGGCUGAUAAAACCAUGAUUUGAUCAAACAGGAAAGUGCAUUAUCCUCAUGAUUCCUGUAAUGAAACUGUCUGCCCUGCCGCUGUGGCUGUUUCACUGGGGCCUGCUGCUAUAGGUCUAAUGAGUCCCUCACACUCUCUCUCCCCCUCGUGCACCCCUAAACAUGCAUUCUGAUUAUAUAACAUUUCCAAAUGCAAUUGCGGGGGGGAAAAACACAACUUUAGAAGCAACUGCUGUUGUCCAUGUUCAAGAGAGGAGGGUCUCGGCUUUCUGUAGGUAUCAUUUUGAUUUCUCAGCUCUCAAUAUUGAGCUCAAAGCACACUGUUUUACAAUCAAGAUAUCUGAAAUGGCUUCGGAGUACGCAAAAUGCGCAUCGGCCAUCGCAUCAUCGCGAGUGCACUAUUAUACCUAGGCUUACUACCGAUGCAACGUUUUUUUGGGGGGGGGGACUUUAAAUGUACUGUUCGAUUAAUACAUGGCUGCUAACGGUAUGUGUUAUAUUUAGAGUUAGUGAUUUAGCUAAUGUGUUUUGAGUUUCCACUUUCUCAGGUGGUGAAUUAGCACCAAUGGAAGUAUGCCUGUAUGUAAUAUUAGUGCACAUAAAGAUGAAGGCAAAUUCAUGGAGCCCUAUUUUGACAGUAAAAUAUAACAAAAAUAGCCAAAUUCUCAACCCAAAAAUCAUGACAAUCACUGGAUUAGGUUGCAUAUCAAAAUAUCUUGAAUCAUGCAUUCCUUCUUGGACAUGUUAGAUGUAACAACUUAUUUAAUAUUAUCUCAGUAGUCUAUAACUAAAUAAAGCACUUUGAAAGACAAAAUAUUUUUGGGUGCGACCAAAUCAUGGGCUGGUGCCACCACCUGAAAAAGUUAGUGGCACCAGUGAGACCAGGGGAGAACGUUAGUCUGGAGCCCCGGGUAGCCAAGUGAGACCAGGGGAAAACGUUAGUCUGGAGCCCCGGGUAGCCAAGUGAGACCAGGGGAGAACGUUAGUCUGGAGCCCCGGGUAGCCAAGUGAGACCAGGGGAAAACGUUAGUCUGGAGCCCCGGGUAGCCAAGUGAGACCAGGGGAAAACGUUAGUCUGGAGCCCCGGGUAGCCAAGUGAGACCAGGGGAAAACGUUAGUCUGGAGCCCCGGGUAGCCAAGUGAGACCAGGGGAAAACGUUAGUCUGGAGCCCCGGGUAGCCAAGUGAGACCAGGGGAAAACGUUAGUCUGGAGCCCCGGGUAGCCAAGUGAGACCAGGGGAAAACGUUAGUCUGGAGCCCCGGGUAGCCAAGUGAGACCAGGGGAAAACGUUAGUCUGGAGCCCCGGGUAGCCAAGUGAGACCAGGGGAAAACGUUAGUCUGGAGCCCCGGGUAGCCAAGUGAGACCAGGGGAAAACGUUAGUCUGGAGCCCCGGGUAGCCAAGUGAGACCAGGGGAAAACGUUAGUCUGGAGCCCCGGGUAGCCAAGUGAGACCAGGGGAAAACGUUAGUCUGGAGCCCCGGGUAGCCAAGUGAGACCAGGGGAAAACGUUAGUCUGGAGCCCCGGGUAGCCAAGUGUAUUGCAGUUCAACUUUGUAAAUGAGUUAAUAACGUGGACUUGUUUCUCUAAUACAGACAUAUAAUCAUACAAUGAUUCGGUACCAUGAUCAAAUGACUUGUUGAUUUGACCCCAAAAGUACUUGACAGAUGAGUGAGUGACGGACACUCCUUCUGUCUUUCUGAAUGGUCUGGUCUAACGUGAUGCUUGGGAUGGAUGCUGCCCCCAUAGAAAUGGAAUUACCACCGAUCAUGGCACAUAAACUUGAAUGGGGAUGCACGCUCUAGUCAUUACUUUAAAUCUAUUUCUAUGGUUUCCCUGUCUGAUGCUGCUACUAAACUGAACCGGUCUUCUCUUUUCUCUGAACUGAGGGAGGGGUAUAGAUUGUCAUGAUGGCAUACGCUAUCUAAUCUGUUCAUGCAUUGCUGUUUUCAUGAAUCGGUGUUGUAAUGAAAUGAUUUGGGAUCUUUAACAAGCUAACUGUAUUAUUCCUCAUUGCUGCUUACGGUUAGAUCCUCUUAACCUUUAAACCUCUAUGCUGUUCUCUCCUCCCCUGUGCUGCUCCGUCCUCUCGCUCGUUGUUCCCUUGCUCCUGCCUGCCAUGUGCCCUUUGACCUGCGACCCCUGACCUCUCAGGGUCUAGACCGCUCCAACUCCUGGGUACACACCAUGGGGUGUAAGAGUACCCCCUGGGGAUCCAGCCCUGUCUCUGCCUCUGACACUGACACCAUGCAGGUGCUUCAACAACAACAACUCUCUUCUCUACCCCCCUAAGAAAUAACACUCACUGUCACUCCCACUCCCUGCCCUUCUUAACUCCAACCUUCACCACCCCUCACUCCCUACCAUUCUUAACUCCAACCUUCACCACCCCUCACUCCCUGCCCUUCUUAACUCCAACCUUCACCACCCCUCACUCCCUGCCCUUCUUAACUCCAACCUUCACCACCCCUCACUCCCUGCCCUUCUUAACUCCAACCGCCACCACCCCUCACUCCCUGCCCUUCUUAACUCCAACCUUCACCACCCCUCACUCCCUACCCUUCUUAACCCCAACCGCCACCACCCCCAACUCCCUACCCUUCUUAACCCCAACCGCCACCACCACUCGCCUACACGUUCCACCAGACUUAGGAAGUCACAUGAACCCUGCCUCCAUGAACCCUAAACCACAAUCUUUAGUUCUCUCACUUGUCACCUUUCUAGUUUUUACACCUCUCUGUCCAGUUGGCUGGAGAAGAAACAUCAAUGCCCACUCUGAAGUUGUAGAGUUGUUAGUAACCACUUGAAGUCAUGUCAAACAAGUGCAGAGCCCCCCCCCCCCCCCCUCAUUUCUCAGUCAAACAAGUGCAGAAUGGCCCACCCCACUCAUUUCACACCACUUUUUAAUACACCCAGUGCAGGAGAGGUGUUGCAGCGAACCUCUAGCCAAGACCCACCUCUAGCCAAGACCCACCUCUAGCCAAGACCCACCUCUAGCCAAGACCCACCUCUAGCCAAGACCCACCUCUAGCCAAGACCCACCUCUAGCCAAGACCCACCUCUAGCCAAGACCCACCUCUAGCCAAGACCCACCUCUAGCCAAGACCCACCUCUAGCCAAGACCCACCUCUAGCCAAGACCCACCUCUAGCCAAGACCCACCUCUAGCCAAGACCCACCUGUACACGUGGCUCAAUUUAAAAUGGUUUAUUUUCUCAUACUUUAUUUUAUUUUAUUGGCGGUUCAGAGGCUAGCACCACUAACUUCAUUUCCCAGUUUUAAUUUGCUGACUUCAUCCUCUCAUUCCCUGUCCUGUUUCCUCUUCUUCACCAUGAUCAUUUAAACCAAUGCAUGACCUCCUGCUGCUAAUAAUCUCAUUCACCACGUGGGUUGGCCAUGAUGUGGGAUACUGCUGCAUGUGGUGGUGUGGUGGGUGGGUCUGCGUGUGUGUGGUUGAGUGUGUAUGUGGUUUUGUGUGUGUGUGUGUAUAGGGCUAGGUGAUGUAUCAAAUUAAUUUGAUUAAUUCAAAUGUAUGUAUUUGCGUGAUAUUCCAAAUGCCUGUUUCGCAAUAAUCAUUUUUAUAUAUAUAAACUUUAUAUAUAUAUAUAUAUAUAUAUAUAUAUAUAUAUAUAUAUAUAUAUAUAUGUGUGUGUAUAUAUACAGUGUAUAUAUUAUUAUUUAAUUUGUUUGCGUUUGUCCGCUUGUUCUCAUGUUGUCUUUUUGGUCUUGUUUCCUUUGCUCCUUCUGUGCUGUGUGCACUGACCGCAGGCUCAGACAAGCAGUUUCAACUCGCUAUUUGCAUUUGAGGUUUGGUCCAACAGAAUCGUUCACAUGGACACCGAAACACAUUAAGACAUUAUUUUACUGUAAUAGAGGAGAAGUUAACCUUUCUAACGAUACCCUUUUUAUGUCUCAACUCCUCAAAUUGCGCGCAGAGCAGACACUACUAAAACAGGAGUAUCAGUUACCAUUGAUUCUGGAAAAUUAAUGGUCAGUUUGUCGUACCGCUAGCAGCAUUUUAGCCAAAGACUGUUAUACUAGCUGUCAAGUCUGUGUUUUAUAAAUGUACAAUAAGCAUAAAACACAAUUAUAUAAAGAAUUGACAACUCUUUCUCAUUCUGAGAUAUGCCACUUGAUUUCAACAUCUGAACAAAGUGGACAGGCUAACAUGCUGUUCAAACAGUUGGAGACAGACAGAAGGGUGUGUUCAUAACAAUUCAACUGUUUUAUCUUGUUAGCUAGCAAAUAGAUCCAAGUUGGCUAAACUUUAAAUAUAACUAUUAGCUGGCUGGUCACUAGCACGUGGGCUUGUGCUUGAGAGAUUGUUGAUGAGACCUGUGUUAAUUUUCUAUAAUGCCUGCUACAAGAAGUUAGUUAUUAUUAGUGAAUGUGCAUUAUGCAUGGUUCUGGUUACAGUUGUAACACAAAAGGGCAUGUUCAUAGACCGACCUGAAAGCAGAUCAGUGAUUAUUGCAAAAAAGCAGGUUAAACUAUUUUGAUGAAAUGAUUAAAUUAUUAGUGGGUCUUAUGGUUGUGCAAGGCUUAUAUUUAGCCUAGGUAGGCGCCCUGAAUUCAUUAGAUUACUGCUGCCUGUUUUAAAUGCAGUGUAUUUGACCUUUUUAAUUGUGCAACAAAGCUUAUUUAGAGAAAACAAUUACGAAAUCUAGAUAUAUAUUGUGAAUCGCCCAUAAAUUAGAAAAAAUCUAGAUGAUUUUUAGGCCAUAUCGUCCGGUCCUAAGUGUGUGUGUGGGUGUGUGUAUAUGUGAGUGUGUGUGUGUGUGUGUGUGUGUGUGUGUGGGUGUAUGUGGUUGUCUAAUUUCUUUGUCUGCUUGGGCACUUUCUGUCUUCAUCUUUUUUUCCUGUCUUGGUGUUGUCAUCAUUGGUUGUCAUAAAGGGUAUUUUGUGGCUCUAGUCAUGGCCAAACAUUCAGUAAAAUUAAUUUAACUGAGGUAAGUUUCUUUUUUUCAGGUUGAUACUGUCUACAAACUGCAUAUCUAGGGACAUAGGGGCAGUUUCUGUGUAAAAUAUAUCAACUUAGGUGUGUAAGAAGAAAGUUAAAAAUGAGGGAACUCUAGCAUUCUGUACUUCUCCAUUGGUAACUCUAAGUGGAACUGUAAUUAAGGUUAUAUGAUGAGGGCUGUUUUGUGUAUUUGUGAUUUUUGUGUGUGUGUGUGAGAGAGCAGACACAUCUCCUUGCUACAUCCCUAGCCUCUUGCCCCUCAAUAACCUGUUGUUGUUGUCGCCAUCCCAUCCAUCCCACCCAUAGGCCAUGGAGCGCUGUGGCAACCGCAUGUCUUCGCACACUGAGAGCGCCAGUUUCUUGCAAACUUUAACAGGACGGUUACCCACCAAAAAGGUACCAGCCGCUGUCUACACCGGGGGAGGAGCCAUACGGAGCCCCCUCACCUUAUUCGCCUGUUUUAUGCGUAUGUCUGUGAAUGUGUGCCUCUUGAACGGAUGGUGUAUUUGGUGAUUGUUGGGAGUGUGUAAAUGUCCCGCCUCUUGGCUGUGAGUUGAAGUGUGAUGUUGACAGUAUUGCACAGGAAGUGUGUGACGUACCAGGCACUAACUGUAGCACUCUUACCCUUGUUCAGGUAAACGGCACUCACUUGAUGUUUCUAUUUUAAUGAAGCCUCCAUUUUCAGUGUUACCACCAGACACAGACACACCAAGUGGAGUGUUGAGUUUUUUUAGAGUAAAUAUGACAUAUGCAAGAUAAGAUUAGGGGUUCCCUAACCGUCUUACACUCAAAAGCUGGCUGCAAGAGUUAAUUUACACACUCUCAAUAUUGACUAUAUAAUUGUAGUCAUUAUAUAGUACUGAUAUUAUAGAUAUCAUCAUAAAGGGGCAAAGGUUUAGGAACCCCUGUAUUGAGAUUGAUUGUAUACUUUGGCACAUUCUAUAGUGUAUAUAUAAUGCUAGAUGGUGAUGCAGAUAGAAUGUCUCGGUGCUCUGUUGUAAGAUAGACCACCUGCCUGGGUAAAGGUGUUCUUGAUUUAGCUUGGCACUUGGUCCAUUGUACCGACCAACUAAAUCCGGGCCAGGUUGAACCAGGUCUGAUGUUCUGUACUACACGUGUCUGACUGUCUGGUCCGUGUGUCUCUGUGUCUCAGUUGUUCCAUGAGGAGCUGGCCCUACAGUGGGUGGUGAGCAGUGGCAGCGUCCGGGAGGGAGCUCUCCAACAGGCCUGGUUCUUCUUCGAGCUCAUGGUAAGACAAGACAACACUACACAUAGCUGCUGCAUCACUGGUGCCUGUUUCACACUGCAGAGCCGUACUGCUGUGGCCUGGUUACAUAUCCACAAUAGUUGCUGGAGCGGUGUUGGAAAUGACAAUGUGAAAAGUAAAUAUCCAGGUAAAGACAGUAUGGUUCAGGUUGGCAGGAUAGUGUGACAAGGGUACACAGUCGUGCUUUUCAUCCUGGCCCCAUGACUGCGAUUCCCACUACAUGGCCAAGCUGCAAAGUAAAACAUUGGCUUUAUCGGAAACAUUUAUGAAAACAAAAAUUAGCUUCUUAAUUUAAAGUUAGGGUUAGGCAUAGGGGUGUAACGAUUCGUUUUAACAACGAUUCGAUUUGUAUCACGAUUCGUGGUUGUCGAUACGAUUCAAGGACGAUAUUGGUUCAUUUAGAACGAUACGAUCCGAAACGAUUCAGUGACUUGAAAUCGAUUCAGUAACCUUUUAGCCAAAAAUUCAACCAGUGUGACUGAAAUAAAUACCUGGAUACUGGACAGUGCAGGUGAAGUUUCCUAGAUUCCUGUUUCUUGUAAGGACCGCAAUGGUGGCUUGAUAAUUUCUCGCUCGUCGGCUUCUCCUCUGUCGUCCGCCAUGCUAUGUUUUGUUGUCUUUGCGCCUUUGCGCUGCUGCUGGCGGAUAGGCAGACUGAAUCGAGUAAUGUUUAAAGCCUUUAUCAUUAAAAGUGCUAAGAAAAAACAUCCAUAUAAAGUCUGACGUGCUUAAAUCCAAUGGGUUAUUUCCUAGUAUCGAUACAAUCGAUUUAUUACAUUUUAAAACGAUGUUAGAUUGAUAUAUGUUGUCCAAAAGGCCAACUCGCCGAGCACAGAUCGAUGUAGUUGGAUCAUAGGAAUAUAAAUCGAUACAUCGAUGUAGUAGAUGGAUCGUUACACCCCUAGUUAGGCAUAAGGUUAGCAGUGUGGUUAGGGUUAGAAUUCAAAUAAGAUUUUAAGAAGAGAUUGUAGAACUAGGUGGGGCUUCCGACUUUGCAACUUGGCCAGAUAGUGAGGACCAAUGACUACUACUACGUGUUGGGCCCUGUCUCACCUUGAUGACCUCACACCCCCAGGUGAAGAGCAUCAUCCAUCACCUGUACUUCACCGACCGGCUGGAGUCGCCCAGGAAGAACCGUUUCCCCGAGCGCUUCAUGGAUGACAUCACAGCCCUGGUCAGCACCAUCGCUGGGGACAUUGUCUCACGCUUUCAGAAGGUAGGAGUGAAAAUUGUUAAACGUUAUUGUCAUCGAGACACACAGGGACAAUACAGGUGGGGCCUACAUAAACACAGCAGUUUCUAAUGCCACUAACCACACAGAUACUGCCAAUACAGUGAAUGGUCUGAAGGGACCUUUUCUGGUUCUAAGUAAACCAGAGUGGGCAGUGCUCUGUAGACUCAAACCUGACAUCUGACUAGGGCUGUUACGGUGACUGUAUUACCGCCACACGGGCGGUCACGAGUCAAUGAAGCAGUCAAAUUCCACGUGACCGUUUAGUCAUGGUAAUUAGGCUUCUCCAAGCUCUGAUGCUGCUGGUCAUUAGUAGCCUAGCAAACUUGCUAACUGCCUCAGCACUCUAUUGUCCCUCUAAUCACUGACAUCAAUGCAAAUGUAUCGAAAAUCUAAUCAAACACUUCAUGAGAGCCCCAUGAGCUCAUGUUGCACAACAUUUCCAUAGGAUUUGCAAUUGCGCGAGAAAACAGAGUGAUGGCCUCUACUAAAAAGAGGAGGAUCCCAUCAGCUUUCUAUAGGCUAGGCCUACUAUAUUUAUUUCUCAACUUUCCUAAUAUUAUGCACAUUGCUUAUAUUUACAACAGGAGUAUAGCCUACCUGGCUGGCAUGAAAAUGAACCACAAGAAAAGUGUCCUCCAUUCGCAACUUAAGUGCAUAGAUUACAUGUAUUUUUUUCCCGCUGCCCCUGUUUUUCGAUAUAGGUGCAUGAUAAUGGUCCAUUCUAAAUCAAAAUAAAUUUCACACACAGUGACAGUCAAAAGUUUGAACACACCUUCAAGGGGUUUUCUUUAUUUUUACUAUUUUCUACAUUGUAGUAUAAUAGUGAAGACAUCAAAACUAUGAAAUAACACAUAUGGAAUCAUGUAGUAACCAAAAAAGUGUUAAACAAAUCAAAAUAUAUUUUAUAUUUGAGAUUCUUCAAAUAGCCACCCUUUGCCUUGAUGACAGCUUUGCACACUCAUGGCAUUCUCUCAACCAGCUUCACCUGGAAUGCUUUUCCAACAGUCUUGAAGGAGUUACCACAUAUGCUGAGCACUUGUUGGCUGCUUUUCCUUCACUGCCGUCCGACUCAUCCCAAACCAUCUCAAUUGGGUUGAGGUCGGGGGAUUGUGAAGGCCAGGUCAUCUGAUGCAGCACUCCCAUCAUCACUCUCCUUCUUGGUAAAAUAGCCCUUACACAGCCUGGAGGUGUGUUGGGUCAUUGUCCUGUUGAAAAACAAAUGAUAGUCCCACUAAGUGCAGACCAGAUGGGAUGGUGUAUCGCUGCUGAAUGCUGUGGUAUAAAUAAAACACAGACCGUGUCACCAGCAAAGCACCCCCACACCAUAACACCUCCUCCUCCAUGCUUUACGGUGGGAACUACACAUGCUGAUAUCAUCCGUUCACCCACACCGCGUCUCACAAAGACAGCGGUUGGAACCAAAAAUCUCAAAUUUGGACUCCAGACCAAAGGACAAAUUUCCACCGGUCUAAUGUCCAUUGCUCAUGUUUCUUGUCCCAAGCAAGUCUCUUCUUAUUGGUGUCCUUUAGAAGUGGUUUAUUUGCAGCAAUUCGACCAUAAAGGCCUGAUUCACACAGUCCCCUCUGAACAGUUGAUGUUGAGAUGUGUCUGUGACUUGAACUCUGAAGCAUUUAUUUGGGCUGCAAUUUCUGAGGCUGGUAACUCUAAUGAACUUAUCCUCUGCUGCAGAGGUAACUGGGUCUUCCAUUCCUGUGGCGGUCCUCAUGAGAGCCAGUUUCAUAAUAGCGCUUGAUGGUUUUUGCGACUGCACUUGAAGAAACGUGAUGACAGAAGAAAAGUUCUUGAAAUGUUCCAUAUUGACUGACCUUCAUGUCUUAAAGUAAUUAUUGGCUGUCGUUUCUCUUUGCUUAUUUGAGCUGUUCUUGCCAUAAUAUGGACUUGGUCUUUUACCAAAUAGGGCUAUCUUCUGUAUACCCCCCCUACCUUGUCACAACACAACUGAUUGGCUCAAACGCAUUAAGAAGGAAAGAAAUUCCACAAAUUAACUUUUAAGAAGGCACACCUGUUAAUUGAAAUGCAUUCCAGGUGACUACCUCAUGAAGCUGGUUGAGAGAAUGCCAAGAGUGUGCAAAGCUGUCAUCAAGGCAAAGGGUGGCUAUUUGAAAAAUCUCAUAUGUUAUCAUUUGUUGAACUCAUUUUUUGGUUACUACAUGAUUCCAUAUGUGUUAUUUAAUGUCUUCACUAUUACUCUACAAUGUAAAAAUAAAGAAAACCCCUUGAAUUAGUAGGUGUGUCCAAACUUUUGACUGGUAGUGUAUUAUUUAGUAUAUUUAAAGAUUAAAUCAAGAAUAGUCUGAUGGGUGACUAUUAGCUUAUCACUUGUGAAUUAUUUAUCACUUGUGAAUAAUGCCCAGCAUAAGAAACAAAUACUUUUUCUAAUCAUAGUCGCACACCUCAUGUAGCCUAGCCCAUAGGCAUAUAUGUUUCAAUAAGGUUUGUAUCACAACUAAAGUGGCCAAAUAACUUCCUAAAAUUAAGCACAUGAAUCCGCUUUACAACGGGUGUAGAGCCUAACUGGCAGACAUAAGCAGCUCGUUGGUUUCAAGUUUGGGGAAGAUAAUUUCCACAAUAAAAAUGUGCCUUUAUAAUAAAAGCAUUACAUGCAUAAUUGCAUUUGCGGUCACUUUUGAUAAUGGUGUUUUCUGCUAAUGGAACAUUCGCGCUUAUAGCCUACUACCAUGUGAUUCGAAGCGCGCAGCACUCAGGGAAAAGGGCACAAUGGCCACUGGCCGCAAAAGGCAUGGAUCUUUUUUAGGGUGCAUUACGGCCACACAAAGGUGAUGCCACCGUGAAAUUCUAGGCAUUAUCAAGUGCUUGUCAAAUUGUGAAUGAGUGACUGAUGUAGUGUGCACAGCCUGCGCAAAAAACAAAGCAGAGAUCAUGCCUUUUCAAGCGACUUUUUUCAAAUCAUCAUUAGUCGCAUCAUGCAGCCUUACAAUGUAUUAAAAAUCAAAACAUAUAGCCCAGCGUUUGUAGAACAAGUAAAGUUACAUGAAUAACUCUAAAUUAAGCAUAUAGGAGUACCUGUUUCUUUGUUAACCGCUCAACACAGAAUAGUUGCAUGUGCGCACUCCCUCAAAUCUUUUGGCGAAAAUAUCCUUUCUAUUUUAUUCAGCUAUGUUCAAUUGUAUUCUUCAUACUGUAAAAUAAUGCCACGGAAUUCUAAGCAAAUCUUGUCUGCUAAAUGAACUAGUGUGUCCCACAGCCAUUUGGCAUAGCCAGAUCAGGACCUAACGUAAGGACAACUCAUUUAGAGUAUGCUAUUCUGUUCUUCUGAAAUUGACUACAAUGUGAUGGUGUAGGCUAUAUUACAAAAUGUAGAUGUUCCAAAGGUCUGCAUCAGUGGCUUGUAGGCUAUGUGUGGAAGCCAGGAGAUGCUAAAUGUGUUUAUGUUAAUUAACGGUAAAUUACCGUGAGACCGACAGUUAUUUGCUUGACAAUCACCGGCUGACAAGAUUUUGUGACCGCCACAGCCCUACCUCUGACCCUGUGUUUGUGACCGCCACAGCCCUACCUCUGACCCUGUGUUUGUGACCGCCACAGCCCUACCUCUGACCCUGUGUUUGUGACCGCCACAGCCCUACCUCUGACCCUGUGUUUGUGACCGCCACAGCCCUACCUCUGACCCUGUGUUUGUGACCGCCACAGCCCUACCUCUGACCCUGUGUUUGUGACCGCCACAGCCCUACCUCUGACCCUGUGUUUGUGACCGCCACAGCCCUACCUCUGACCCCGUGUUUGUGACCGCCACAGCCCUACCUCUGACCCCGUGUUUGUGACCGCCACAGCCCUACCUCUGACCCUGUGUUUGUGACCGCCACAGCCCUACCUCUGACCCUGUGUUUGUGACCGCCACAGCCCUACCUCUGACCCUGUGUUUGUGACCGCCACAGCCCUACCUCUGACCCUGUGUUUGUGACCGCCACAGCCCUACCUCUGACCCCGUGUUUCUGUCCAAUCAGGACCUGGAGCUGGUGGAGCGCCUAAACACCAGCCUGGCCUUCUUCCUGAAUGACCUGCUGUCUGUCAUGGACCGAGGCUUCGUCUUCUCCCUCAUAAAGACCUACUGGAAACAGGUACUGGGAGUGGGAGCCAACAGCACCUCAAUGACAACAUCCCUGCAGAAUCUGCUUUCAUUUGAAAGACUUUUGAUGAAACCACUAUGAUAGAUGACAGAAUUUGUGUACAUGAUUUCAGCCUUGACACUACAGUACUCUAUCCUGCUCUUUGCCCAUUGGGUAUCACUUACCUGACUUGGAGUAAAGGGCCUCAACAGUGCCUUUCCAUCUAACCAUGUUUUGGGCAGUUUUCUAGACAUCAUUCCAUGUGUCUCCCCAGGUGUCCGCUAAGCUGUACAUGCUACAGAACCCCACUCUGGAGUCUCUGAGACUGGACUUACUGAGGAUCGUCUGCAGCCACGAGCACUACGUUACCCUUAACCUGCCCUGCAGCCUGCUCACGCCCCCCGCCUCGCCGUCUCCCAGCGUGUCCUCCGCGACCUCGCAGGUCAGAUAUGCACAGUACAUACACACUGGACAGACACAGACUCACCGGCUACACAAACACAGAGGAUCACACACACACUGGACACACACAUCCACAUCCUGGAUGAGUAAGAGAUGUGUGGAAAAUGUAUCUGAAUCAUCCCCCACUCGUCUUUCUUUCCCGACCUCUUUCCAUCUCCACAGAGCUCAGGCUUCUCCACCCAUGCGCAGGACCAGAAGAUAGCCAAUAUGUUUGAGCUGUCUGUCCCCUUCAGAGAGCAGCACUACCUGGCUGGACUGGUGCUGGCUGAACUGGCUGUCAUCCUGGACCCAGAGGCCGAAGGGUCAGUACCCAUACACACACCAUUUUUAUUUAUUUUUUUAUGUAUGCACGCAUGACUGUAAGUCGCUUUGGAUAAAAGCGUCUGCUAAAUGGCAUAUUAUUAUUAUUUACACUGUGUUCAUGUCUUUGUGACAGAGAGAGAUUGCCAUUUGGCCCCCAUGUCCGUUUCUGUCUCUCUCGACCUUCUCAGCGCUAAGGGGUCUGUAUAAUGUGUUACUGUGUUUGUGUGAGACUGGUUAGGUCAUUGGACCCCUCUGUCUUUCUUGACCCUUUCAAGGCUGAUGGUCAGUACAUGAAGGGUGUUUUCACAAAUAGUCCUCUUUAAAAGAAAGGAUCUCAGUCCUCUUUAAAGUGAACUCUGGGGUAAAGAAAGAAGCGUAACAGCUCAGUUCUUUGUGUUCACACUGCCCUUACCUUGGAAUGAGGACGCAACUGUUUUGCCAGUUAAUUUCACCUAUUUUGUGGUCUGAGUCCUCUUUGCAUUCACAUUGCUAUGUUCAGAAAGGAACCAAGAUCUUUUUCCAACAUUCACUCAAUGCAUUGUGGAUUUUAAUAAAGUGCAGGACAAGCCAUUUCAUCAGAAUGUGUUAUCGGACAGCUAGAUAUACCAUAUGCCAACCUACAUUUUGGAAGCUAAUAGAUUACAAUUAUUGUGUAUCAUCUUUGAACUAAAUGCGAUCAGAAGAUACUAUUAACAUGUAAAUAUUAUUGGAAACAGAAUAAAUAGCAGAAGAAUAACUGCAAAUUAAAUAAUGCUGUAACUGAAAAUUGUACACCCAAUGUAGGCUACUGCCCCUUUAAGAGCUAGAAUUGUUUUUGUACCCUGUGUUGUGAUUCUCACCAAACAUGUUUUCGUCUUCUCUCACUGUUCAAACCCCAAUAUUCAAACCCCUAUAGAUCACAUAUUGCAAUCAAAUAAUCUGAACUAAAAACUCCACACAUAUUUUGGAAUUUCUGUGCAUCCUUGACAAUCGCUAAUCAAUAUCCAAAAACUGCACAAACCGGAACCGGGCCGCGGAAUUCAAGCGAACCGAACUCAGACCACCUCUCGAGAUGGUCUGUUCGCUUUGGGGGCUCUUUUGAGGGGUCUGAGUUCCUUUGGCGUGUUCACACUAGGGCUGUUAUGGUAACCGUAUUACAGCCACACCGGCAGUCAAAUUCCACGUGACCUUUUAGUCAUGGUAAUUAGGCUUCUCCAAGCUCUGAUGCUGCUGAUGGUCAUUAGUAGCCUACCAGACUUGCUAACUGCCUGGUACUCAGCACUCGAUUGUCCCUCUAAUCACUGACAUCAAUCUAAUCAUCACUUCAUGAGAGCCCAUGAGCUCAUGUUGCGCAACAUUUCUAUAGGCUAUGCAAUUGCGAGAGAAAACAGAGUGAUGGCCUCUACUAAAAAGAGGAGGAUCCCAUCAGCUUUCUAUAGGCUAGGCCUACUAUAUUUAUUUCUCAACUUUACUAAUAUUAAGCACAUUGCUUCUCUUUAAAACAGGAGUAUAGCCUUCCUGGCUGGCAUGAAAAUGAACCACGCGAUAAGUGUCAUCCAUUCGCUAUUUAAGUGCAUAGAUUACAUGUAUUUUUCCCCCCUGCCCAUGUUUUGAGACCGGUACAUGAUAAUGGUCCAUUCUAAAUCAAAACAAAUUUCACACAUAUACAGUUGAAGUCGGAAGUUUACAUACACCUUAGCCAAAUACAUUUAAACUCAGUUUUUCACAAUUCCUGACAUUUAAUCCUGGUAAAAAUUCCCUGUCGUAGGUCAGUUAGGAUCACCACUUUAUUUUAAGAAUGUGAAAUGUCAGAAUAAUAGUAGAGCGAAUGAUUUAUUUAAGCUUUUAUUUCUUUCAUCACAUUCCCAGUUGGUCAGAAGUUUACAUACACUCAAUUAGUAUUUGGUAGCGUUGCCUUUAAAUUGUUUAACUUGGGUCAAACAUUUCGGGUAGCCUUCCACAAGCUUCCCACAAUAAGUUGGGUGAAUUUUGGCCCAUUCCUCCUGAUAGAGCUGGUGUAACUGAGUCAGGUUUGUAGGCCUCCUUGCUCGCACACACUUUCAGUUCCGCCCACUCAUUUUCUAUAGGAUUGAGGUCAGGGCUUUGCAAUGGCCACUCCAAUACCUUGACUUUGUUGUCCUUAAGCCAUUUUGCCACAACUGGAAGUAUGCUUGGGGUCAUUGUCCUUUUGGAAGACCCAUUUGCGACCAAGCUUUAACUUCCUGACUGAUGUCUUGAGAUGUUACUUCAAUAUAUCCACAUAAUUUUCCUUCCUCAUGAUGCCAUCUAUUUUGUGAAGUGCAUCAGUCCCUCCUGCAGCAAAGCACCCCCACAGCAUGAUGCUGCCACCCCCGUGCUUCACGGUUGGGAUGGUGUUCUUCGGCUUGCAAGCAACCCCCUUUUUCCUCCAAACAUAACGAUGUUCAUUAUGGCCAAACAGUUCUAUUUUUGUUUCAUCAGACCAGAGGACAUUUCUCCAAAAAGUAAGAUCUUUGUCCCAAUGUGCAGUUGCAAAUCUGGCUUUUUAUGGCGGUUUUGGAGCAGUGGCUUCUUCCUUGCUGAGCGGCCUUUCAGGUUAUGUCGAUAUAGGACUAAUUUUACUGUGGAUAUAGAUACUUUUGUACCUGUUUCCUCCAGCAUCUUUACAAGGUCAUUUGCUGUUGUUCUGGGAUUGAUUUGCACUUUUCGCACCAAAUUACGUUCAUCUCUAGGAGACAUAACGCGUCUCCUUCCUGAGCGGUAUGACGGCUGCGUGGUCCCAUGGUGUUUAUACUUGCGUACUAUUGUUUGUACAGAUGAACGUGGUACCUUCAGGCGUUUGGAAAUUUCUCCCAAGGAUGAACCAGACUUGUGGAAGUCUCCAAUUUAUUUUCUGAGGUCUUGGCUGAUUUCUUUUGAUUUUCCCAUGAUGUCAAGCAAAGCGGCACUGAGUUUGAAGGUAGACCUUGAAAUACAUCCACAGGUACACCUCCAAUUGACUCAAAUGAUGUCAAUUAGCCUAUCAGAAGCUUCUAAAGCCAUGACAUCAUUUUCUGGAAUUUUCCAAUAUGUUUAAAGGCACAGUAUGUAAACUUCUGACCCACUGGAAUUGUGAUACAGUAAACAAUUGUUGGAAAAAUGUACUGUCAUGCACAAAGUAGAUGUCCUAACCGACUAGCCAAAACUAUAGUUUGUUAACAAGAAAUUUGUGGAGUGGUUGAAAAACAAGUUUGAAUGACUCCAACCUAAGUGUAUGUAAGUGUAAGGCCCUGUGUAACUCAGUUGGUAGAGCAUGGCGCUUGCAACGCAAGGGUUGUGGGUUUGUUUCCCACGUGGGGCAAGUAUGAAAAAUGUAUGCACUCACUAACUGUAAGUCGCUCUGGAUAAGAGCGUCUGCUAAAUGACUAAAAUGUAAACUUCGACUUCAACUGUAUAUUAUUUAGUAAAUGUAAAAACAAGAUUAAAUCAAGAAUAGUCUGAUGGGUGACAAUAUUAGUUUAUCACUUGUGAAUGAUGCCAAGCUUGUGUGCAGUAAGGCAAGAAACAGCGCAUGCCUCUUUUUUUUUUUUUUGCGACUUUUUCAAAUCAUAGUCACACACAUUUUUUACAUUUUAGUCAUUUAGCAGACGCUCUUAUCCAGAGCGACUUACAGUUAGUGAGUGCAUACAUUUUUCAUACUCAUGUAGCCUAGCCCAUAGGCCUAUAUGUUUUGAUAAGGUUUGUAUCACAAAUAACUUCUUAAAAUGAAGCACAUUAAUCCGCUUUACAGCGGGUGUAGAGCCUAACUGGCAUACAUACACAGCGCUGAGUUUCAAUUUUGGGGAAGAUAAUUUUCAACAUAAAAAUGAACCUUUAUAAUAAAAGCAUUACAUGCAUAAUCAUCAAUUCAAUUUGUGGUCACUUUUGAGAAUGGAACAUUUGCACUUAUAGCUUACUGCCGUGUGUGCAUUGCUGCGCUUAUAAUGUGAAGAAAUUCCCUAAUUGUUGAUCAACAUUUUAAGCUAAACGUUCUGAUCUGUUGUGUCAGCCUCAUUGUACUUCUAUGAGCAUUGCACAUAUUUUUUGAUGCUAGUGGUUGUAUUGAUUUGGGAUUUGAAACCCCACCUCUUUAAGGAAUACCUGGGAUAGGAUAAAGUAAUCCUUCUACCCCCCCCCCCCCCCCCCCCCCCCCCAAAAAAAAAUUGUAAAGUGGUUAUCCCACUGGCUAUAGGGUGAACGCACCAAUUGGUGAGUCGCUCUGGAUAAGAGCGUCUGCUAAAUGACGUAAAUGUGCCCUUGAGCAAGGCACCUAACCCUAAUUGCUCCUGUAAGUCGCUCUGGAUAAGAGCGUCUGCUAAAUGACUAAAAUGUAAAAAUGUAAAUGGAUUUAUCGCAUCCCACAACUGUCCCAGACUACUAUAUUUAUUUCUCGCACAGAAUAGAAUAGGUUGACUUUUGUACUAUGGGGAUAGUAGAUUGACAUAGGCUAGUGCUUUUGCUGUUUGUUAGGCCUACUCAUCUUGUUGGCUGACAAAGUAAAUGUGGACAGUUCUUCCAAUAUCUUCAAUAUGCGCCUUGGAAUUGGAUAAGGACUUGCGCAGCUGAUCUGAUGUGUCUGUCUUUACUUGUAGCCUGUGAGAAAGACCCGGUCACAUGACAGAGAGCCAUGUGAGUGAGAGUUGCUUCGGAGCAUGCAGCCGGGAGAAGGGAAUUAUAAUUCUUAUAUUCACCCCAAGGGCCCAAUGGCCGCUGGCCGCAAAAGGCAUGGAUUUUAUUAGUGGGCAUUACGGCCACACAAAGGGAAUGCCGCCGGAAAGUUCAAGGCAUUAUCAAGUGCUUGUCAAAUUGUGAAUGAGAGACUGAUUAGUAAAAAAAAAAAAAAUAUGUAUGCAUUCACUAACUGUAAGUCGCUCUGGAUAAAUAAGCGUCUGCUAAAUGAAAAAAAAGUUUUUAAAAAGGAUUAAGUGUUGGUAGAGCAUGGCAUUUACAACGCCAGGGUUGUGUCACUUAACUGUAAGUCGCUCUGGAUAAGAGCGUCUGCUAAAAUGACUAAAGAAAAUAAAUGAAAAACCCUCUAGAUUAAGCAUAUAGGAGUACUUGUGUCUUUGUUAACCGUUCAACACAGAAUAGGUGCUCACUCCCUUAAUGUCAGGAGAAAAUAUCCUUUCUAUUUUAUUCAGCUAUGUUCAAUUGUAUUCUUCAUACUAUGAAAUAAUAUAAAAUAAUGCCACGGAAUGCUAAGGAAAUCUUGUCUGCUAAAUGAACUAGUGUAGCCCACAGCCAUUUGGCAUAGCCAGAUCAGGACCUAACAUAAGGACAACUCAGAGUAUACUAUUCUGUUCUUCUCAAAUUGACUACAUUGUGAUGGUGUAGGCUAUAUUACGUGGAUUUAUUCGAUUUUUUUUAUUUUCUAUGUAGAAGUUCCAAAGGUCUGCAUCAGUGGCUUGUUGGCUAUGCGUGGAAGCCAGGAGAUGCUAAAUGUGUUUAUGUUAAUUAACGGUAAAUUACCGUGAGACCGGCAGUUAUUUGCUUGACAAUCACCGGCUGACGAAAUUUCAUGACCACCACAACCCUAGUUCACACUGCACAAAAAAAUAAGCGAAGCGCACAAAAAUUGGCUGAAAGGGACUGUUAUUGAGACAGGUUCUUUUAACCCCUCUCUCUCCUUCCCUCUCUCUAUACUGUAGGAUGUUUGGCUUACAUAAAAAGGUGGUCAGUGUGGUACAUAACCUGCUGUCCAGCCAUGACUCUGACCCCCGCUACGCUGACCCCGAGGUCAAGGCCCGCGUUGCCAUGCUCUACCUGCCACUCAUCGGCAUCAUCAUGGAAACGCUUCCCCAGCUUCACGACUUCACAGGUAAGUGUACAUUCUAAAUGUAGUCCUCCAGGGUUAGGCAGUAGCUAUGUGGAUUUAGUCCAGACUUUAAUGGUCUGUGUGGUUAAUAUUUAAAGGAAGAUGAAAUGGCUUUAGAAAUCAAUGGAAAUCACACUGGUUCAGGUGCUGCUCAGGAAAAGCACAUUGGAAAAAAUUUAACAAUGUCUGCGACUCUAAAGUUUUAGUCCCAACAGUGAUUUGUUUUGUGCUGGUUGAUCCUGAUUGGUUCCCCCCCCCACCCCCCUCUAGAGUCCCAUAACCAGUGGGGUCGUCCCGGCGGGGCUCAGGGGGCUCCGGGUGGGGCCGGGGGGGACGAGUCUGGAGAGGAUGGCAACAGCAUGAUCAGUCAGACCGUUGCCAUGGCAAUAGCGGGGACAUCCGCUCCGAUAUCUCGUCCCAGCAGCUUCCUGCUCAACCCACAGGUAACUUCCACUUCCUGCUCAACCCACAGGUAACUUCCACUUCCUGUUCAACCCACAGGUAACUUCCACUUCCUGUUCUCUUUCUCCAUCAUCCCUCUCUUUGUCCCUCUCUCUUCUUCCUGAGUCUCUCUCCUUCUCCCUCUUUAUUUUCUCUGUUUUGCUCACCUCUUUUCCCUUUCUCUCUCUCGCUCUCUCCCUCCCAGGCCAGUCGUCAGCAUGGCACCUUCUCAGCAGAGUCCAGUCGCAGCCUGUUGAUCUGUCUGUUGUGGGUUCUGAAGAAUGCAGAUGAGUGUGUCCUACAGAAGUGGUUCUCUGACCUGUCUGUCUCCCAGCUCAACCGUCUGCUGGACAUGCUCUACCUCUGUGUCUCCUGCUUCGAGUACAAGGUAACGUUGCACCUGGAGCACAAAAAAAGGAUGCAUGUUGUACUUUGUUUAGAUCAUUUGCAUUAGUAGUGUAAUGCCUCAAUUCAGUAGAAGCACGUCAAGUGUAUUGCCUCACCGACAGUCCUUUAUUUCAUUCCUGGAUAAGACUGGAUGGAAAGAAACGACUUUCAAAUGGUUCUUUUGAAUUUGUACUUCUAUGAGUAUGUUCUAUGAGUUGGUCUUCAAAUCUGAGAGUUUUCCUUACUUUUUACAGGUUUCCUACUCUUUACUCUGUACUACUCCACAUGCAGUGUUCCACCUACUCUUAUAUCAUUUCUAAUCCAUUUUACCUCUCUUGGUGUGGUGCAGUAACCCUGUAACUUUUCUCCAUCCUCAUCAUGGAAAAAGGCCCAUGUUGUGUUCACCAUGCAGGGGAAGAAGGCCUUUGAGCGCAUGAACAGCCUGACCUUCAAGAAGUCCAAGGACAUGAAGGUCAAGCUGGAGGAGGCCAUACUGGGGAGCAUCGGGGCGCGCCAGGAGAUGGUCCGUCGCAGCAGGGGACAGCUAGGUACACUAGGUAACACGGAGUGCACACACACGUUGGGAAAAGGGAUCUAAAAAUGACCAUUCAAUCUUUCUCUCCUUUAACUUAUCUUGCCCUUUCCCUCCCUCCCUCCCUCUCCUGUAGAGAGGAGUCCAUCAGGCAGUGCCUUUGGCAGCCAGGAGAACCUGCGCUGGAGGAAAGACAUGACACACUGGCGCCAGAACAGCGAGAGGAUGGACAAGUAUGCUUACCUUUUUACUGUGUGUGUGUGAGAGUUUGAGAAAAGUGUGAGUGUUUAGGCUGCUAUCGGCCAGCAUCAUGUAAUCAAAGGCAAGACGUCACAAUACACUAUGAUAAUCGUUUCUGCACAAGAUAAUGCAUACCUCGCCAUCUCACAGUCCACUCAGGCCCUAUAGUGGGCUUCUUAAAAGAAACUAGAAUCUAAUUGAAAUGAACAAGCCCACACUGAGAGAGCAUAUGUUUUGGAGUCCUGAUCCUACAACAGAACAAUGCAUGCUGAUGGAUCCUAUCCUAUUGUAUUUGGGUGAUGAUUGUCAGACACCUGUGCCUUUUUCCUCGGUCUCUGUGUGAUUCUAUCUGUGCUGUUAACUCAUUCCUCCAUAUGUUCUCUGCUGUGUCUCUGUGUAGGAGCCACAGAUCACUCAGGUAUUGUAUUGAAUGGUGUCAACCUGGAGUCAGUGUGCUGCAGUGCUUUGAGUUCCUCCUGCUGCUUCAGUGACCCGAAUCCUGACCCAUUACCUCCAAACCCUGACCCCUGACCUCUCCUGUAACGGUGCUUGGGGUGUUUGUCUGUCUGGUGCCUGCAGUUGGCCUGCUGUGCUUUUAACCAGUGUGCUUCUCCUUUGGGUCCUGACUGAUGUGUGUCUGUCUUCCCUAUUCUGGGGUUAGAUGGUUGAAAUCAAUGUGAUUCUGACGCAGCUGGUAGGGUUAGUGAAGUUGUUCUCUUCUCAAUGAUUUGAUGAUUAGUAUCUGUGACAAUUCACACAGUAGAAAAAGGUAGACGAUUGUACAGCAUGUGUACUUUCCCUUAUUAGAAUGAAGUCUCUUCUGAAACAGUUCGACCGCUGUUUGUAACACUGACGUCAUUAGUCAACUAAGAUGCAGAUACUACAACACUACCUAGAAGUGGUCAAAGUCCAAUUCUAUUGGUGUGGACCCUCCAGCCUUACCCCUCUCCAUCCCCCGGUGCCCCCCGGCCCUAACCCCCUUCUACCCUUACCCCUCUGCUGCCUAUCUCUCUCCCCCCGGUGGGGCAAGGGAUGGAGGUGCGUUUGGGUCCCUGGUCCCCUGCUCUCCUCUGUGUGCUAGCUAUGCCAUUUCAUGCAGUGUGUAGCUACCGUGUUUUGUGGACUCUGUGGUGAACCUUGUGAGUACCGUGUACUGUGCAGGUUUAGAGACAGUGUCCUACUACGCAACCCAGGGAGUCGAACCAAAACCCAAAUCCAGGAGCCUUUAGUUGUUAGGUGUGUAACUCCUCAUCAACAACAACUGUAACAACAUAAUCAUAACCCCCCCCCACCACCACCAUCCUACUCCUCAACCCCUCCAUCCAUCCAUCUAUCCAUACCAAGUCCCCUACAGUACUUUGCACAUGGAAGACCUUCUUUCUGUGUGCAAUGGCUUGAAUGUGACUGACUGGCAUGAUGAGUGCUGUGGCAUUCAAGGGGACCUCAUGAAUACGGAGCUGGCUGGCGGCCAUUUUGGAGUGUGUCUGACCAUCUGUCACUUCCUGUUUCCUGUGACAGGACCAGAGCGGAGCUGGAGCACGAAGCACUUAUUGAUGGUAACCUGGCAACCGAGGCCAACCUGAUUAUUCUGGACACUCUGGAGAUCAUCGUUCAGGUAGAAAGACACACACACAACAUUCAGGUUGGACAAUUGAGACAAAUGUAGCUUCUGGGGACAAUUGAUUGAUUGAUGUAUUAUAAUAUGUGUAUCUGCUGUCCGUCUGUAUAGACGGUGUCUGUGACGGAGUCUAAGGAGAGUAUCCUGGGUGGAGUGUUGAAGGUGCUCCUCCACAGUAUGGCCUGUAACCAGAGUGCCGUCUACCUUCAACACUGCUUCGCUACACAGAGAGCUCUCGUCUCAAAGGUCAGAUAAGUAUAUGUGUACGAUCAUGUAGUUAUUCUUAGAGGGGUUGCAAUUUUAUGGGAUUUUGUGAAAUCAUUUUGUACAAUGUCUGCAUACUGUAAUUGUAAUGUCUGUUUUUUAUAUCUUUGUCUGUCCUGUAUCAUCCAUUUCUCUGUGCGUACAUGUGUAGUUCCCGGAGCUGCUGUUUGAGGAGGAGACAGAGCAGUGUGCUGACCUCUGUCUGCGUCUACUGAGGAACUGUAGCAGCAGUAUCGGCACCAUCAGGGCCCAUGCCUCCGCUUCACUCUACCUGCUCAUGAGGCAGAACUUUGAGAUCGGCAACGUGAGUACAACAUCAGGACAACACAUAGCAAACACGGAUACAGAGAGUACUGUCUACCUGCCAGCUACGUUGCUAUUUUCAAUACAACUAUUGAUUCUCCACAUGGGUUCCUUUUCAGGACAUGUUAAUGUACCUUUAGGUGUUCCAUGUUCUCACUCCUACUGUCCCUGGUCCUUCUGUAGAAUUUUGCGCGUGUCAAGAUGCAGGUGACCAUGUCCCUGUCCUCCCUGGUUGGAACGUCUCAGAACUUCAACGAGGAGUUCCUCCGACGUUCCCUGAAGACCAUCCUGACCUACGGAGAGGAAGACCUGGAACUCCGGGAGACCACCUUCCCUGAUCAGGUAACGCCACGGAGAUAUACUGGAGAUCAAUAGAUUACUGACAUUAAACCUUUUGUUAUUGUAGUACAAAACAUUAGAACUACUUGUACAAUAUAUUAAAGUACUACUUGUACAAUAUAUUAAAGUACUACUUGUUCAAUAUAUUAAAGUACUACUUGUCCAAUAUAUUAAAGUACUACUCGUUCAAUAUACAACACAAUGAAAAUGUGUCAGACCUCCCAGAAAAUGGAUGAUAUGAUAGGAAGUACCUUAUCCAAUCAUGUGAGAUGAUGACACCUUGUUAAACACGCUUCAUGUCUUAAUCUGUAUUUCAGGUCCAGGACCUGGUGUUCAACCUGCACAUGAUCCUGUCUGAUACCGUCAAGAUGAAGGAGCACCAGGAGGACCCAGAGAUGCUCAUAGACCUCAUGUACAGGUAUGGAAGACACACACACACACACACACACACACACACACACACACACACAGUGAGCGUUCCUUGAGUGUGUUGCUGUGUCUUUGUCCAGGAUCGCUAAGGGUUACCAGACGUCUCCAGACCUGCGUCUGACGUGGCUGCAGAACAUGGCGGGUAAACACUCUGAGAGGACCAAUCACGCGGAGGCAGCCCAGUGUCUGGUGCACAGCGCCGCUCUGGUGGCAGAAUACCUCAGCAUGCUGGAGGACCGCAAGUACCUGCCGGUCGGCUGUGUCACCUUCCAGGUGAGGCCAUGGGAGAGGUCUAUUUUAGAACUGUGUAGAUGUGGGUACUUUGUUUGGACCAGGCAGUUAUCCUCAAACCUGCUCCUGGGGAGACGUAGUACUGCAUGUUUUGUCCUAGCUUAGUGCCAUCACAACUGACUCAACUAAUGAAUUGAUAUACAGAGUAACAUGUUCUAAAGAAAAUGAAUACCAUGAUGAACCCAUUACAGUAUUAUGUCCAUGUCUAAAUAACUUGUCUCUCUGCAUCAGAACAUCUCUUCCAACGUGCUGGAGGAGUCAGCGGUGUCUGAUGACGUGGUGUCUCCCGAUGAAGAGGGUAUCUGCUCGGGGAAAUACUUCACAGAGGCUGGUCUGGUGGGGCUGCUGGAUCAGGCUGCUUCCUCCUUCUCCAUGGUGAGUAGCUGCAUAUGGAUGAUUCAGGAUGGGCAGAUUAUCAAGCCUACAUUUGGAUCACAUUACAAACCUGCUGACAAAUUCACACGUUUCUUUCACUCCCAGUCAAGUAUUUAACCUCCAGACUCCACCAUUCCCAGUAUUUAACUCUAAAGCUGUGCAGUGUGCAUAAUACUAAACUCCCCCCCCUCCCAGGCUGGUAUGUACGAGGCGGUGAACGAGGUGUACAAGGUCCUGAUCCCCAUCCACGAGGCCAGCCGGGACGCCAAGAAGCUGGCCACCAUACAUGGUAAACUACAGGAAGCCUUUGGCAAAAUCGUGCACCAGGUAAAUCCACAUGCUUUUUCCAUCUCCUGUAUAUACUGUAGGUAUAGAGAACAGACAGGACUGUUACGUGCUCAGCAGACACUGUUACGUCAAUGUGGAGGUUGUGUAGGACUGCCUGUCUAUCUGGGAUUCUGGGACCGUGUGUUUCAGACAUAGAAACAGGACUUUGUCAUGUACUGUGACUCCUGUACCGUGUGUGUUAAGCUCAAGGACCCACCAGUACAAGGACCCAUUGUCUGUGGGUGGCAUGCUGAAACUAACAUGCCAAAUAAGUACACUUCCAGACAGACGCACGGUCACAAAACCCACUCACACACAUUCGUACUCUCACACACAUUGUUUAUUAUCACAAAGAAUCACUGCACCGUUUUAUAGAGGUCUCAUAGACCCACAGACAAACAUGAAUUCACGCCACACUUCAGAUACAGUCAUUUAAACCCACACAAUGCUCAAUUUGUUCAUAUGCACACAUAAACACACAAUUACCAAUGACCUGAACUGCUUUGCAUGAAAACAAUGAUUUGCUGUUUUUCCCCAAUGGAACUUUUAUUUCCCCCUGGGAAUUCAGAAAGAGGACCUGCCUACCCUGUCCUAUGGAUAGCUUUAAAGUGGCUAUUCAUUUAAAUACAGUCUGCAUGGGGUGACUAUAGCAGUACAGCAUGGCCUGUCCUAGAGGGGGGCCGCACUGUACCAACGUGACUAAACAUGUGUUUUCAUAUUGUCCUGUGUUCUCUUUGUCACCACAGAGCACUGGCUGGGAGGUAGGUCGGUCGCUUAGUCAUGGUUCCUGCUUGGCCCGCUCAUUUACUUUCUGUCUACUUCAUAUGUAUUAUUUGCUAGUCCUGAGCCGUUAUUGCUCUCGGCUGCACUGUUACUUUAUACUGUACCAUCCAUUAACAUCUACCUGCCUGGACUGGAUGCUGUCCAUCUGUCCCUCCGUCCAUUCAACCAACUGUGGGACUGCUGAUGCCAUGUUACGGGCAGCAACCCCCCACACUUCUCUCCUCAUUCUCCUCUUUCUCUCUUUCUGUGGAAGAGGAGAUUGUUUUUUAAUGCGACUGUUUUGGCAGGCCAUGCAUGGGAGCCCCAGUGUGACACUAAUGACAAGUGUUGGUGAAUGAAUGCUUCACCUGUCUGCACCCCUGCCUUGUCAGACCAUCUCUCUCAUCAACGACAAACUGGUCAUCUGCUCGCUCGCCUGUUGUCACAACUCAUCUCAUCUCCAGCCACAGGGUUCGAUUUUAGUGCAAAGGAUACACUCCCCAGGUUGUUCUCUAAAAACACACUCACACAAACAAAUGAACCACAAAAGAACAAACUAUUUUUCUAAACUUGCAUUUGCCGUAUGCAGUUCCAACUGGAUCCACAUUUAUUGAAGAGAUAGAACAUUUCUUCAAGAGGGUGCAAGUCAAAGUAAUCUGGAUUGUUUAAUUUGUCCGACCUUGAUUUUGAUGAGUUAAUUUUUCUCCCUUUUUAUUUGAAAAAGACAAACUAAAUCGACCCCUGAGUUCUCUCGUUCAUACGGCUGGUCUUCUGUUAACUGGUAUUAACCUGGUCUGUUGCAUGAUAAGGAUAGAGCACUCCUCCCUAUUCUUCACAGAGGAAACUAAAGCACUGGGAGUACAGCCCCCUGAAUAGUGUGUUUCUAGGGGCUGUGGAACUCACCACUUCACUACGCCUGCCUUUCUCUCUCUUCACUUCCUUUUGCUUCACUCUCUUUUCCUUGCAUGUUUUGGAUCCUCCACGUUGAGUUUGUGUUCUUUCUCAAAGUCAAAAGGAAUGAUAUGUUUUUCCAUUGGUGGUUGCUGUCAAUUCUUUUUGUCUUGGUUUAUGUUGUUGUUUCUGUUAGUUUCUCUAGUGAAGUACCUGAAUCCUGAUUUAAAAUGUAUUCUGUUUUCUCCUUUUGAUUUCCCUGUUUGCCAUGCCGACCCUUCCUUCCCACUUUACUUAUUGUGUGUUGUGGUAAGUUCCUAGUCUGAGGGUUACUUAAUUUCUGUUACAUUUGAAAGGGGAACGUAAUACAAUGAACAAUGCACUGACAAGGGCUGAGCCAAAUGGCAGCGCAACUGAUCACAAACGAAUAUAUACAUUGUAUUUCACUGUAUACCUAUACAGUAUGUUGUGCUACUGUAAGGUUGUGUAAAUAAUUGUGCAAUACACCAUAUAAGAGCAGUAUUGGGAGCCUGAACCCUUCAGCCUUGAGUUGACCUGGUUUGGCUCAGUCCUGGCAGGUUUCUGUACACUUGAUGCCACGUAUAUCCUCCAACCUCCCCCUCCUCUUCACACACCUGCCGCACGCACACACACACACAACACACACACACACACAACACGCACACACACACACACACAACACACACACCUAUUUCCUUCCCACGGCUGUACUCCUUCCUGAUCCUGAACGGCAGAGCUCUGUCUGCUAGACACGUGACUCCUGUUCCUUCCUUUUUCGCUCGCGCUUUGUGGAUUUCUCUGUCCAUCAUCACCAUCCCUGGCCUUCUAUAUGGUGUCAUUCAGUUAGGCUUCUGCCUUAGCUGCUCUCAAUGGCCUCUCACUCCCCUUCCAUCUCUCUGUAAGCCUCCUCAAGGCAUUGAGCUCAACCUGCCUCUGCUAUUCUAUGUCUCUCUCACGUGGAUGAUAUGGAUGUACUUCAUGUUUACAACCUGAGCUUCUGUUCUGGUUCUACCUCUUGAAUGCCCAUUUUGAUCACCAAUCUCUGUCUAUGCUGUCUCCAUAUUAUAAACCACUUCUCAACAAAGUCUCUUUACUCUUUGGUAAAACACCUGGUUCCAUCCUGAAGCAUCAUGGGUUAGUUAUUCUAGUGCAGAAUCAGGAUUACCCAGGAGCUUUUCUGAGGGCAUCAGAUGGGCUCUGGGCCAUGGGGACCUUAGAUUGUGACACUCUUUACACACGUGUACAUACACAUACACACACACAGUUUCUGGGUCAUUGCACAUACUCCAAUCUGAUCAGCAAUAACAUCACUGGUCAACAAGGUUAUAAAUAGUACCUCUGAGGGUUGUUGAUCAAUUCAAACAUUUAUAUCAGUAUCUAUUAUGCUGAAGUUUGUAUGUUUGUUUUGUAUUUGGUGUUGCAAUUGAAGUGUUUGCUGAUGAUGAGAGAACUUAACCUCUAUGGUUGAACUUGAACUCUAUGGUUUCCCUGAGUUGGAUGGAUUCCAACUAAUGUAUCAAUAGUCUGCCUCUGACAUAAUCAGACUCUGUCACCACAGAGUUACUACCGUGUUUCAUCCUUACAGUUCCGAUGACAUUCUGUGUAAAAGCAACAUGUUUCGGCCAUGUACUAUGUAUGCGCUCGUAUUACAUCUGCACAGAGUAAAACAUGUUUUCUGUCUCACAGGAUGGGAAGAGAAUGUUUGGUACUUACUUCAGAGUCGGAUUGUACGGCUCUAAAUUCGGGGACUUGGAUGAGCAGGAGUUUGUAUACAAAGAGCCUGCCAUCACCAAGCUAGCUGAGAUCUCACACCGACUCGAGGUAAAUGGCAGUUUGGAGGAGUGUGUCUUUAGGAAUGGUCUCUUCUCUGUGAAAUGGUGAUGCUCUGCGUGUGUCCUGUGCUGUGUUGACUUUGUGUUCUGUGUGUUUGUUCUCUUAGGGGUUUUAUGGCGAGCGCUAUGGAGAAGACCAGGUGGAAGUCAUUAAGGACUCCAAUCCCGUGGACAAGUGCAAACAGGACCCAAAUAAGGUGUGUGUUUGUGUGUUUGGAUGGGGUUGGGGAGAGGGUUUGUGGAUAAAGAUAUGAUUCCAAAUAAUCACUUAAUUGAAUACAAAUUGAAUCAAAGCAUGAUCAAAUAAAUAGCCUUUUUGGUUAUUAGAAGGUUAUUGGUUAUUAAUUGGUUAUGUGUAUUUUAGUUAGUGUUGGUAAAGCAUCAUGUUAACCAGGCGUCACUGCUGUGUGUCCAGGCUUAUGUCCAAAUCACGUACGUGGAGCCGUACUUCGACACAUACGAGAUGAAGGACCGCAUCACGUACUUUGACAAGAACUACAACCUGCGGCGGUUUGUCUACUGCACGCCGUUCACACUGGACGGGCGGGCGCACGGGGAUCUGCACGAUCAGUUCAAACGCAAAACCAUCCUGACCACAUCCCACGCCUUUCCCUACAUUAAGACCCGCAUCAACAUCAUCCACAAAGAGGAGGUGAGGCCCUAGGGUUUCAUCUGACUGGCAUGCAGCACCACAGGCAACACAUCACUAGUACAUGACCUCUACAACCUAACUCCUAGAGGGAUCAUCCACAGGUCAAACUACUCUCUUUUAGAGAAAUCAACAUAUACAGACACACAUUCAUAAGACACACAGCACACACUUCUUUGUUUCUAUACGUUCUAUAUAAUCAGUGUUUCUAAUUGUCUGAUGUUCUCUCUCUGGUCCUGUUAGAUCAUCUCCAUGCCCAUCGAGGUGGCCAUAGAGGAUAUGCAGAAGAAGACCCAAGAGCUGGCCUUCGCUACCCACCAGGACCCGUCUGAUGCCAAGAUGCUGCAGAUGGUGCUGCAGGGGUCAGUUGGGACUACCGUCAACCAGGGACCUCUGGAGGUGGCACAGGUGUUCCUGUCAGAGAUCCCCAGUGAUCCUAAACUCUACAGACACCACAACAAACUACGCCUCUGCUUCAAAGACUUCACCAAGAGGUAAAUGACACUGUUAUUUUACAGUUAGUUGGAGUUUUUAAAGUAAGAUUAUGGACGCCCAAUUUCCUGGGCAUGAAUGAAUGUCAAAUAAAAGAAUGCAUGCAAAAUUGCUUCUGCCAAGUUCCUUCGGACUUAUGUGUAAGGCAUGUUGAAGUGCAGUGCUCACGCCUCUCCUAUCCUCCAUCCCCAGGUGUGAAGAUGCCCUGCGUAAAAACAAGAGUCUGAUUGGUCCAGACCAGAAGGAGUACCAGAGGGAGUUGGAGAGGAACUACCAUCGCCUGAAGGAGGCGCUACAACCACUCAUCUGCAGAAAGAUACCCCAGCUUUAUAAACCUGUGCUGCAGGUCAACUCUCACAGGUGUGUGCGCAUGUUCACGUGCACGUGUAGACAAGCAGGAACAUACUCUUUCAUUUUAGUGUUUUUAUGAUAUGCAUUUGGACAUAUAUCUGAUAUUGCACGUGUUCGCUCUGACUGUUCAUGCAUCCCCCCCCCCCCCCACAUAAAUAUGAUAUUUUGCUUGUGCUUCUGUUACAUGCAGCAAACGGACAGCUUGACCAGGUAGUUUGGUAUUCUCUGAUUGGAACCUUCUCUGUAAAACUGUCUGCACUGGGUCUCUACAGGUUGGAAGGUUAUAUCCAUGUCCAAUCCGGUAUGGCUUCCCCAUAUUUCACUAACUUUACACUGUGCUUUUUCCCCCCACAGAGAUUCCUUCAGCAGAAUGAGUCUCCGCAAGCUUGAACUUUGA